GUUUGAGGGCAGGGUUCCUGAGGGGAAGGGCGCAGAGAGAUUUUCUUCCCAGCCUCGUCGCCUUCUGAACCUCCCAUUCCAGGCCGGCCCAGCGGCGUCACCUUCAAACAGGCCUGGUGCUCCUGGUCUAUUGUUUACCAGCCUCUUUUCUCUCAGAGGGACAGAAGAAACCUUCCCCACUCCUGUGUGAAAUCGACUAAGGUGGAAACAGCCAUGCAUCUAAAGGUGGAAGUGGCUGCCCAAAUUCUGCUGGGCUUUGCCUUUUGUCAGACGUUCGGUGCCCACAUUCCCUGCCGGGAGCCCUCCGAUGCAGAGCUGGAAUCCAUGCUCAGCCGCCUUCUUGCUCCUGGAGUUAGCUUAUUGGCUCAAAGGGAGGAUGUUUUACCUGACCAGGACCUGAAGUCGUGCCCUGUGAAUGUCAGCCAGACCUUGUCCCGCCUCCAGGACAGGAGCGCCUCCCCGUGGUCAUACAGGGUCAACGAAGACCCCCGCCGGUACCCCCGGAGGGUGCUGGAAGCCUACUGCCUGUGUGAGGGCUGCCUGGUAGACAGGCAGGAGGACAGGUCUGUGCAGAGUGAGCCCUUUUACCAGGAGGUGCCCGUUCUGCAGAAAUCCGGCCAGUGUGAGGCAGGCCAGUACGUUUACCAGCCCAGCCGCCUGCAAGUCGCUCAGUUUUGCAUUUGCACGUUCCCUUGAGACAGGCAAAAUGCUUUCACCUGUGGCCACCACCCUGCAGCCUGCGUCAGUGCCCCUGCCAACACAACACUGCCACAGUCAUUCGGCGGGGGAGCGGAAUGAAUGCUGGAGCCUCGUGAACCAGUGCUGGCUAGGGUACUGUCCCUGGAGAAAGACAACAGCGAUCUCAGGGAGACCCACGUAACGGCCAGCACACUCACCAUGCCCUCUGCUACUGUCAUUCAUCAAUGGCACACUCGACAGAGGACUUUCCAAUGGCCAGUCCCAUUGCUAACCUGGUUUCCUCCUUGGGGGGAUCUAGGCCACAGCCAGGUGGGACUGGCUGUUUUUCAGCUUUGCCGAGUGCUGCUAAGGCAGAGGGGACCUGCAGCCCAUGGAGUUCCCCAGGGCAGCUUGCCGCUAACCCCAUUUAUAAUACAGGCUGAGAGAGCUCCAGCCCACAAGGUGACAGGUCCACGUCAGGAUGCUCCAUCUUGAUCCAGGGAGCGGAUUCUCGCUCAAGAAGGGGCUUCACGUGCUGUGACCUGUCGUCUCUGUGAGCUGCACCUCCACGUUAAACAGAAGAGAACUGCAGUCUGCUUUCCUGGAAGGGCACAGCCCUCGAGCUCUGGGCAGGCUGCCCAUGUGGUCCUUGGCCAGGCAAUGGUUGAGUGCCCCGUUCAUGGUCACACACAGCUUCAGAGAACACAAAGAGCAACUUGCCCCUCAUUCGCUUCUCCAGGGUCCUGCAGAGAGGGGAGCUCCUUUGCUGGGAUGGACGCGACCAGCGGAUUCCACUCAGGAUGAUCCUACGGGAAGUGCUUGGUCUGCGGCGCUGCUGUCGCCAGAAAUGUCUUUGCAGCCUGAGGAGCCAGAGCAGAAGUGGAGCCAGUGGGCUGAGGCGCAUUAGAAGGUUAGCAACUGCCCAGGCCUUGGGAAUGCUCAAUUCCUAGUCAGGUGCAAGCAGACUAUGCAGUCCUGCUGCUCUGUCUUUGGAGGCCUCCAGAAGGCAGGAGGGGGAGGCGGCUUCCUCCCACAGCAGGGGUCCGCUGCACUGGGCUGCAAGGCAACAUUGCACAGGGAGACAGUAUGGCUAAUCCUCUCCACUAAUAAAUGUUACUCACCUUGCCACGGUGCCUAGCUGUUGGUGGACACAACAGCUUCCGACUGAGUUUGUACCAGGCUGGCUGUACCUAUGCUGUGUGUCUGCACCCACCCGCUCAGUGUUUAGCUAAUGCUUCCGCAGCUCACCCUUGCCCCAGGCUGAGGCUGGCAGCGGGUUGGAGUCUGGGUACAGGCUACACCACUCUUCCUUUGCCGUGUGCCCAGGGCCUGGCAUGACUAGUGCCACUCACUCCCCGCUUCCUGUCCUGCAGGACAUCCCAGAAUGCACUGCCCCGCAUGCUGCCAGCACCGCUCUCGGUGCGUGUCUCCUGCUGCGGCAGUCUGGGGUAGCUGCCCAGACUCUUCCCACAAUGCCCUGGGGCAAACGGAUUCUGGCAUCGGGCUGGGUGGGAACUCAGAAAAACAGCUUGGGACUGAAGUGGCUGCAUGUGCACAACUCAGCCAUGUUUGUUGUCCCCAAGACGGAUGAGAACUGGUUAAAAACCCUGGUACUUGUGGGGUGGACGGGGCCUUAACUGCUGGUAACAGGCAGGUUGUCCCAGCAGAGAUGCAGUUGGUAAUGUGUUGGGAGAGGGGAGCCAUUUAGGAGCAGUGUGGAGCCCUUCCUGGUUCCCCAGCCAAGCCCUCGUGGAGGUUCACAAGCCACCUGGCCAAAGUUUCCUCAUUUUUCAUGUUCCCAGUGCCCCGGCACUUCCAGGCUCCCGCCCGGGCAGCAGCAGCAGAAGAGGGGAAUUACCAGGAGAAUCCCAGCCUGGUUUUCAGGCUUGGGAGGGGGUUAGACCACCAUCCAGGUGCAUAUCCACCUGGUGUGUAUCCAGUGAUGUGGGGUCCAGCCAUCACUAAGAACAGGCCGUAUCCUAUUGCAGACCCAAGAAAACGUGUGGGCUGUAAUUGCACAGCAGCUACAAAGCUCGAGACACUGAAUCCCCCAGUACGAAGCCUGACCUGCUUUUCAUGAGCUCGCUUUCAACUCAUCAGUCCUUAUUGCCUCACCUCAGAUGCAAUUUAGUGCCAUUGUCCUUUUCACCGGGAGGCUGUGGAUGGGGAUAACCUGGAGAUGGGAGACUCUCCAUCACCGGAAUGUGAUUCCUCUAGGUUUGGAUGGAAAGAGCCAUUCGCGGGAGGUAGUGGUAUUGUACCAAACUACUGCAGCGCUUUCCUGUGCCAUGGGAAGGCAUUUUGUGCAUGCUGUUAAAGGCUGAUCAGCGCUGUUGGGGGAGCUCACAGGCCCCUAAAGGCUGCCCUCUACAGAGAGAAGGCUGCUGUCAUGCAAUACACUCACCGCCUCUUCCUGGUUGCUCCAGGGAUUAGCACUUUCCAGGUUCGAUGCCCCCUUCUGCCACUGGUUGCAUUCCCUGCUGCCUCCCUCUCACUCUCUGAGACUCCGGGUGCUCUCCCUUCGUGGCUUGGCCCUCCAGCCAAGUCAGUAGGUGUUUUCCCCCUUCCAGGGUACCGGUCUUUCCGUACAAACUGUCUUCAGCAAUCUUCCCAUUUACUGCCCAGAUGGUGCCACGUCCCCAGUGACGAGUAGGGGAAUCCAGGCCCUCCCUCUACUCCAGGUUCCAGUUCUGGGACCCUCUACUCUGCAGCCAAGGUCUGCACCAUCUUCCUGAGCCUUUUCCUACACCCUCUGCCCUAGGAUUCCUUCCUUCCCUCUCUGAUAUCCAGAGAGCAGCAACAGGUGCCUCACUGCAGCCCCCUUCUGCUACCAGCUUCCUGGCUUUAUCCUGCCCCACCUGUUCUUUCUCAGCGGGGCACUGUCAUCAUUCAGGGGAUUAAGUGGGCCACCCAAUUCCCCUCAGCUGGGGCCUUGCUGGUGAACUGUCUCCUUCUCAGCUUCAUUAACCCCUUCCAGGCUGGUGUGGGGUACACACCCCAGCGGAGUAGCACACUCGCUUCCCCAGGGAUGAUAAAGCGGCAAGCCGGCAUGGUAGCAGAGCAGUCCCUUGACAAAUGCACGGCUUGGUUCACAGACACGGCCACCUCUUUGUACCAAGAGCUUCAUCUCCAAAUUGAAAAGACAGUGAGAUUCCCCCGCCCGUUAUAACAUGAAGUAUGCGUGACAGGUCUGUGCAGAGUGAGGACCACAGAAGCCCUUUCCUAAGGGGGCGUGCACAUUGGUUCAAUCACCGCAGAGCAUUCUGCUUUCUGUCCUGUGUAGCUUGGAUGAGGGGAACCAGCUUGGCAGCUUCUGCACAUCUUCCUUCCACCCGUUUCACUGCUGCUCCUCACACCCUGCCGCGGUGCCAGCAGCUACGUAGCCAUCGGUUAGUGGGAGACUCCCACCUCGGCUCCAUUUUGUUGUGCCAACCGGCCAACCAUGGGGUUUGAAUUAUGAGCCCCUAAGCCUCAGGGUGUUUUGUGCUGAUGCUCAGAAGAAACCCUUCCACCAGCUUCACCAGGGUGAGACUCACAGGCUGUGGUGCUGACCCCGCCCUAGGUGCAGCCCAGUUCCCUCUGGCAGCGCGAGUUCCCUGUGCCCGCUGAGUACUGGGGCACACAAGUGAGGGAAGUGCAAAUGCACAGGGCUAACAUUGAAGAAUCCAGCCCCAAGUGCCUUUCCCCAGGCCAGAGCCAGCAUUAGAACCCAGAACUUCCUGCGGGCUUGUCCCAGGGCACUAGGCCACAUCUCCCUCCGAGGGGUGACCUCUCCCUGUGUUAUACGACACAACGCAGGAUUGCAAAGGCAUGCUGGGCCGUGACUCGCUGGGGUUCUGUUGUGAGUCAACGCAGCUGAGAGGCCAGCGUCCUGAGUUACUGCACAUCACAAAGGAGCAGGUGUGUGGGUGAGUGAAUCCAGACAAUUCAGCUCACUCCACGGGUGCUGUUAGGUCACAGUCAUUCCUCCCCUUGGGGCCAGGUGCAGGCCAGUUCCCUAUGGAUAUUCUCCAGUACUUUCUCCCUUUGGAGAGCAUUCCACAGCCUGACGGAUCCCAGCACAGCUAUUAAAGCCAUUCAGCCC